AUGUCACAUCCCUUCAUCAGGAAUUUGACCUUCCAGUCCAACAACCUCGGCAAAGAGGCAAUGAUCAUACUCGCUUUGAUUAACGGCGACCUGAAAGGCCUCUAUGAGGACUUCUUCCCGAUAGUUUGGAAGGUCAGCACAUUUGGGAAGACAGGCGGGUGUGCAUACAGGGCUCAAGCGACCUACACAAACCAACUUGCUUUCUCCAAGGCCCAGGUCGUGAAUGGGAACGUCAUCAGUGCUGGAACCUGCGUCAAGAUCAAUGACAGCGAGAAAACAACUCUGACCCAGGCCAACGAUGUCUAUCAUUUCUCUCCCCCUCAGGCUGAAACCUCUGGUGUCUUGCAGGCCUUGAACAAGACUGGAGCGGUUCAAGAUCUCGCAAUCGGCUUUCUGAACAAAGGAGACUUGAUGCCCAUGCCCGCGCUCUACUUCAAUGAAGUUGGAGAUGAGAGUAGUGUCAAGGCUCAGUUCACUCCGAUCCUGUGUGUCUACAUCACAUUGGACUAUCGAGAGACGGCAAUCUUGCAAGGCGCCAUCAACACCCCUGCAAUCUGGACACAGGAUCUCGCUGUGCUUUCCGAGAACAUGACUUGGAACCUCAAGCGCGACACGGCCACUGGACGUUACACAGUUGUCCAAGCUUGA